ACUCAUGGGCCACAUGGGGGUCUUGGUAAUGUUGGUCAUAUUGGUGAUUGUUGGUGAUCUUGGUCUUCAAUGAUAAGAUUUGUAAUACGUAACAUUAAGAAUGGCGACUGAGAACGAAGGAAGUGCUUCAUCGUCAGGUGAUGAACUUGAUGGUUUGCAUUAUUUGAAACCUCCAUCGUGGAAACAAAGAUCAGCAGUACAAAUAAUUGACAUUCAGAGCCCAGUUGAAUACAAUUCCCAAAAUAUAGAACAAACUUCUUCAGCAAAAAACAAAGCCACCAAUAGCAGCAAAGUUUCACUAAGUGAAGAAAAGAGCACAUCUGAACUCCAGAACAUGAAUGUAGAGAAAUCUGUAUUGGAAAGCUUGUGUGGAAUUCAACAUUUGCCAUCAGAUGUCUUGGAACAAGUCAGUGAUUCAAAAAUGAGGCCUGAGAUCACAGGAGUUGCCAAUCCUACAUCAGCAAAGCAGAAAAUUUUAAUUUCAGGUGAACUGCAGAACAGAUGUAUAGAAGUGAAAGAUGCUGAAUGUCAAACAGAAUUGACUGGAAAACUGUUAGCAGGUUUAGAAAAGGGACAGGAUGUUGGGAGCCAAACCAUCAGUACUGGAGAUGUGAUCUCAUUGAAUCUGUACUAUGGUAAUCUGUCUAGUGACAAGCUAAGUAACACUAUGUGUGACCCAGGGAACGAGGGACUGUACAACUGCACCACACUGAAGGACAUUGAGAAUUAUGAAGAUACUUUUCAAGGUAAUAUCACACAAUUGUGUCAAACUGUUGGCUGCACUGUUGAGGUCAGAAGCAAAGAAACUCAAGUUAAUGAGGCUGACAUUCCUUAUGUUCAUGUUAAUGAGUCUGAUAAUGCACCAGUACAUAAAAAUACUAGGUGUUAUGGUAGUUUUUUACGUACUGUAUUCCUUUACAUACUUUUAUUCUCCUCUGUUCAUUUUACCAGAAAUGCAAUUAUCAGUACCAGUUCAUUCUUUUACAAAAUUCUGUUCAGCACAUAAACAGUCUGGAUGAGUUUAUAUAUAAUCUUUGAAGUGUUAUUUGAAGCAGUCAUAAAUGGGACACUGGCUACCAGUCUGUGAGGUGGAUUUAAUUAAAAGUACCUGUGUAAUGUUAUCCAAUGUAGAAGAAACAUUAUAGAGACUAAUGCAGGAGUGUUGGAAAGAAAAUAGUGGCACCAUAGUGGUAUAUGAGUAAUUUUUUUUUGGUAUCCAAGAAGAAAUAGAAUCUUUCAAUUCCCCAUCAUUUGUUCAAGAGAUCAUUCUCCUGCUUGCUAGAUGUUUUCUUUCCCUCAAAGAAAUUCCUACAUCUUGGGAGUAUAACAGAUCACAGUAAUAAUGUCUGAGAAGUAUGGUGGAUGCUACAAGAGUUCCCAGUUGUUGCCAUGCCACAUGCCUUAUACAGACUGAUACAUGGGUACUUGCACUGUCUUGCAGCAUGAUAUAUGAAAGCAGGAGGAUAUGUGGCUGCUUUUAUCACAGCCUUGGACACAGGUGAUUCUCCAGAAACUUAACCUCAAGAGCCUUCCUGAUCACACCUAGUCUAUAAAUUGUAUUUGAAGAUGGCCUGGCAGACCACAAGCUAGUGUCAUAGUAUAACCCUGGAGUGCCUUGCAGGAAACAUGCAGAAUAAAUCUUACAAGGCUAUCUUAUCUUCCAUAUAGUCAGAAAUCCACUGACAGUUAAAGAGAACGCACUGCCUGUAUCUUCAGGAUCAAAGAAUAAGUCAGGAAAGAUACCAAGAAGAAGAAAUUGGCAAGCAAAGCUUGUGGAUACUGUCCUGUGGGAAAUAACACCAUGUAGUAUGGCAGAAGUCUGCUGGCAUUUCAAGGAAAAGUACUGCCUUCAUCUUUGGGGGUCAAAGAGUAAGCCAAACAAGAAACCAGCAAGCAGAAAGCAGAGCCCAUGAAGAGUAGUCUUCAGGGAUAUAAUGCCUGCAGUUUGGUAGAUGCCCAGUGACAUUUAGGAGGAACAAACUUCCUUCAUCUUCAUGAUCGAAAAAGAAGCCAAGCAAGAAGCAGGCAUCAAGCAGAGCUGUAUGGCAUUCCUUUUAUCAUAUGUCUCACUUUAUUAUCUUCUUCUGUCAAAUUUUUGAAUAAGUCAGGUGACGAAAAGAAAUUGUUUAGCUUAUGUCUAUUUCAGUUAAUUAAUUCUUAAUAGUAAACUUUUUAUUUAGAGCUUUAAAACAUAAUAAAUAACAUUUAUUUUCCAAAAGACUGCAGUUUGGAACUUUAUAGGCAUUUAAAAAACAAUGUUGUCAGCUAAUAAAUGCCGUCUCUUAAAGUCUGAUAAUACCAUACACGGACAGUUUGGCCCUGUGGGACUGCAUGAUGAAGUAUACUACAAUCAGCAUAACCCUUAAGUUGCUUCUUGUUGAAGUUUUUUCAGAUGAGUAGAAAAUGGAUGGCUGCUGUUUCAGUUUAGACUCGCAAAAUUAUGCCCAUGGCUAUGAUGUGGUGCAAGAAUAGAUUCUGUGUUCUGUUUGAAGGUUACCAAGUUUAUAACACUGUUGCAUUAUGUUCUUUCAAAAGAUUGUAGGAGACCCAGUGUGGUGCAGUCUUGAUCAUCCUAGGGAUGUCUUUCAGAAUGUACAAUGGCAUUACAUGGUCUCAAAUGCCAACUUUCACAUGGCAUCCAACAGACUUCCAUUCACAUACAACAGUAAAUUAUGGAACGCCUUCAUGUUGCUAAUCCUAUCCUUGGCCUACUCUUCGCAAAAUACUAAUAUUCACGUGACCAUGCCAUAUGGCAGAGCCUCACCAUUGUAAAUAGAGAUCACUCUUUGAUCACAUUUUGGCAGUGGUUACAUUCAUUUUAUCUGAAACUGAAGCUGCCAAGUGCUGAUUGGCAGUCCUUCGUUUAUCCAUGACAGAAGUCUGCAUGAUGCAAUCAGGACUGAAAGUGAUUCACAUUAUGGUUACCCAUCAAGCUUGAACAUAACUAUCCCAUGCUGUCUUGUACCACUGUUAAUGGUGCAUAUUAUGCGAUAAGAUGCUACCAGUUCUGCGUCAGAAACAACCAGAGCUGCUAGAACAUGACGUUGUCACUGUCUUGAUGUACAAAGCUUGCUGCACAUCUGGGUUAGGACAUAACUUGGCAUAACUCCAUGUGAUCAGUUUAUUUGCUUGGCUUCAGGAAUACUGGUUUCAAUAUGCAGAAACAGCAAGGCUGUCACAGCAUCAUUAAGUCAUCUUAAAGCUCUGUAAUUGAUGGAAAUGCAUCUGUGAUGUUAUUGAGCAGAACAGAUGCAAGUAUGUUGUUUGAUAUUUCUGUUGAUUUAUUAUGUCCAUAGUGUAUACUGAAACUUAAUAGAUAAAAAAAGGUACUCGUGUUUUGCUGGUUGAUUUGUUAGUUAUUUAAAUUUUUUCAGUUGAAUUAGUUAUAUAACAUUAAAUGGCUGGGUUACUGAGAUUGAAAAAAUAUGACUGUAGCCUGUUUAAGGUACCAUUCAAAAAAGGUAGGAAAAAACACUAAAAACUUCAGUUAGGACAGCUUCAUUUUAAUCCAGAACAUCCUAAAUAGUAUAAAGCAGGAGCUCUAACCACUCAUCCUCAACUUCUGGUAUGGAAAUCAGUGGAAAGUCAGUUAGGAUAAGCUUAAUAUGAUAUUAUGCUCUCUGGUAAUAGUUCAAAAUUACCAGUAAUACAAAGCCCAUCAAUAGACAGUCCUAAGACAUAUCCACUCCCCAUCCUCAUAUCCUAUUUCAAUGAGAUUAUCAUUCCAUCUCAGUAGGCCAAGUGGCCCCCUUCCAAUCAGUUUUCCCACCAAAUCUCUGUUUCCCCAACUGAGUCACAUUUACUAAAUCAACAUAUUUACUCUAGAUCGGAGAUGGAAAACUGUGGCCCACAAGGUACUGAGAGUAUGACAUAUAUUGUAAUAUUGGCAGGUACUUCAAUCAAAUUUGUACAAGUGCAUUUCGCCUAAAUGGUCACAAGGUUUCCCAGUGCUCACGGCUUUCAUGCAGGGGUCACUCAUACCCCAGCAGUGGUUGAAUAUACUUUGUUAUUGGCUUUCAGGUGUUGUGUUGUUUAGCUUCAAAAUUUGUUUCAGGUGACUGGGAUGCCAUUUUUGUGUUUUGCUAUUGGGGAACUUCAAAUUUGAGUCCCCUUCUGUUUCCCUUUUUGUGCUUAUCUGAUGUUUCCUCUGGCCACAGUGUCAUGAUUCACUAGGCCCAUAUUUCUUUCUGGUUAUUCACCUUUGUUCUGUUAUUUUGCGCAUUGGCAGAGGUUUUCUGUUUAUGGCAUGAGUGCUGGCUGUCCUGUUUGUUAAUGUCAGGUUGUCUCAUUUGUUAUAACCUUGUUGGAUUUGUUUAAUAAAUAAUUGUUUUACAUGUUUGUUA